AUGUUAAAAAAAAUUACAUUUCAUAAAAAGUGCUCAAAUGAGCUCCCACUUACGUUUGUAAAUCUUUAUGCAAAUGAAGGAAAGAUUUAUUCUGAGCAUCCGUCCCCACUUGAUUUUAUUCAGUACUUAUUAGAUCACAAUGCUCUCUAUGCCCAUAAUGACAGCAAAAUAUUUUGCUGGUUUGCAAAUUAUUGUGCAGCACAAGACUGCAUUAGACAAACACAGUUCGAUGAUUUUAUUCCCACUUUAAAAUUUUUCCAAUCUAUUUCUUGUGCUGAUGAAAAAGUUGAUUGUUUAGAGUUACAUGACAAAGAGCUGAAAAGUUUGUCCAAAGAAAAUGUGUUUAAAAUGGAAGAUAACCAUGUUCUGAUAAUAAAACUAUUGAAAAAUAUUAAUAAACAGUUCAAAAAUAAAUAUGAUUUGUCUAUUUUUUCAUCUUUUCUUGAUAAAUGUUCAUCCAUAAAAUGGAAGGAACAAGAUAUUGAUCAUUGCAUAUUUGGAACAGAAGAAUCUCAAAUAUCUUAUACAAAAAUAAUCAAUUCAGGUGAUGAAUCCACUAAUUUAACAUGUAAAACAUCUAGUAUACCAUCAAAUAACUAUGGGAAUGUAGAGUCUCACGAUGAUGCCAGCGACUGGGGUGGGCCCUUAAAUGAAAUAUUACAUGAUGGCACAGUUAACAUUCAAACAGUUAAAGGCAUUGAAGAAAUAACUGACUGUGACUCGGAUGAGGAAAGGCAUUUAAAUGAAAUUAAUCAGAUUAAAGUGCAUACUCAUUCCAAGUUUGAAAAUAAUAAAAAAGACCGAAAUAAUAAUGAUAUAAAAAUUAGAGCAGAAACACUUAAUAGUUCAACUUAUCACGAUGCUGCUGCAAAUGAAGUGGGACAUGAUUUUUAUGGUUCAAAAAUUAAUAUUAAUGAUAACAUUUCACCAACUGAUUUUACAAUUUUGAACAGUAUUGACAUAGAAGACAAACGCAGUAAUUUAUAUUUAGAUGGCGAUAGCAAAUUAAAAACAACGCAUUUCAUUGUUAAUGAUGAAAAUAAAGAUGUUGACAACAAUGGUUUAAUUUUUGAAACAGAGUUAGAACCCAUGAGUACCACUGAUAUAACCAGGGCCAGCAAUGACAAAAAUAUUUUUCUCAGUAAAAUAGCUAGUCCAUAUUUGUUUAAAACAAUUAAAGUCAUCAAUAAUCCAAUGAAACUUGUUGUUUCACAUGUUGUUUCCCCGUCUCUUUUUUGGAUUCAUAUUUUUAAAAACGACCUGCAUGAAAAUAGCUCAUCCCCAUCAUCAGUUUUCCACAAAAUGUCUGAAACUGCUGAUUCAAUUGCAGAAUGUGCAACUUCAGAAAACCAAAAAGUGUUUUUGUGUAAUGAAAUGAAUAAGUUGAGCAUGGAUUUGAAACAAAAUUGUGAAAUUGUUCUUAAUCACGGUUGUUUGAUUCCAUUUUCUAAAGAUGCUUGCCUGCCAAACGUUCCGUGCCUUUUCAAUGAUGUUCAAGAAAAAAUCUUCUAUAGGGCUGAGAGACAUCACCCCACCCCACUCUAUAGUGUUGUGGUGCAAGGCACUAUGGAUGGAAGGAUUACUUGUAGACCAAGGGGUUGGAGGUUUGUUACCUGGAGUGUAGGCACGUUGACAGGAAGGAGUUUGGAUGUGGUGGAGGAGUUGCAGAGGAGAAUGGUUGACGUGGCUGCAUUACAGGAGAUCAGAUGGAAGGGAGAGAGUUUGUGGGGGCUAAAGGUGGAAGAUAUAAGUUGUGGUGAAAGGGGGAUGAUGGUACGGGAGGAGAAGGAAGAGGAGAAGGAUAGGUUUUAUGAUGAUGUUUCUGACGAGAUUGGGCAAGCGGGGUUGGAUGAGUUUGUGGUGUUGUUGGGUGAUUUGAAUGGUCAUGUGGGGGCGGAUGCAGACGGAUAUGAAGGUGUACAUGGGGGGUGGGGAUAUGGUAUACGGAAUGAGGAAGGGCGUAGAGUGUUGGAGUUGGCGGAUGCACAUAGCAUGGUGGUGGGGAAUACCUGGUUUACAAGGGAACCAGCGCGAUUGAUUACAUAUAGGUCAGGGAAGCAUAGGUCGAUGAUAGACUAUAUAUUGGCAAGGGCCAAACAUAGGAAGUAUGUGAAGAAUGUGAAGGCGAUACCUGGUAUGCUGCAGCAUAGUAUGUCAACUCGCUAUGUUACUGGUGUGGUCAACGUAGAUUGGUUGCCUGUCCUGCUCUCAUCACUUGUUGAUGGCACUACAAAACUUCUUGGAGUUCCAAGGUCAGACAUUCACGAGUUUCUACUUCUAGCUGCACAUAUAGUUGGGCUGCAGGUUGAUGUAGCCAUUCGCAAAUCUGGUGCAUUGCACAGGGCACGAUGGAUGGCAAAAGCCAUCUGCGCAUUAAAAAUUGAACUAUUAUUCACCGUAAAUAAAACCAUUUUUAACUUAACAGCUCGAGAAUUACAAGGUAUUCAACGUUUGAAUCGGUUUAUCAUUUGUGUUUAUCUUCAGUCACGGUUUUCAUGCAGGCUCACUGCUGAUGCACCUGUGAAUGAUAUUUUGUUGAUACAGCGUUUGGACGACUACGACGAUGCCGUUCUUGGUUCGACUGGAUUAAAAAUGAUGCUGCGUCAUUCUUGGUACAUGAGUCCAGAAUUGGCAACUCUUGCUCUUUUUUCAUCUCUCCUGUCUGACAAAGAAAAGACUGAUCUUGUCCGCACAAUACAAGCAGAUCGAGAACACUACCACAAAGUUUUGACAAUUUGCGUGCGUCUAAAACAUUUUUUGAAACAUCCAAUAUUGAUGCCAGUUUUCUUGAUGUACUUAUUGAAAACUUGUCAGAUACUCCUUCUUUCCAAGUUGCAGCAAUACGCAGAGCAGAAACCAUUUUUGCUUCAAGUAGUUGAACAGCAUAGGAAAAACUUUGCAGAAUAUAAUCGUGAACUGUUAGCGAAAAUUUGA